UGCUGCCGCCUCCUGGACAGACAUGACUACCGAGCGCGUGCAGUGGCUGUAGUAUAAACGAACAAGCAGUUUAAGAGCCGCACUCAAAGCUAGAGAACCGCGCAUUGGGAGCGGGAUGGCAGGGAGAGUAAAGCACCACGUCCUCCUCCUCAUGGGGCUCUUGCUGACAGGGACCGCUACAGUCCGGGGAAGCAGAGGGGGAGCGAUGUUUGAUGAGGAGAGGGAGAAGGAAAACGACGCAGAGAGCCCUUGUGAAGUUAAAACCGUUACCGUUUCUACCCUGCCUGUACUCCGGGAGAAUGAGUUCAGUUUCACCGGCGGUGGCUCGGGGAGCGUGGCCGGAGGAGGAGGGGAGUCCCGACUCCUUUUAUUCGUUAGAACAGACCUACCUGGACGAAUUUCCGUUAUGGAUGAUCUUGACAACACCGCUCUCCCAUACUUCACACUGGAGAUGUCAGGUUUGGGAGCAGACAUCUCUCAGGUGCAUUGGAAGCAGCAGUGGUUGGAGAAUGGGACUCUGUAUUUCCACGUGUCCAUGAGCACCUCUGAGCAGCUGAUACAGACCACCGUGCCCACGGCCCAGGAGCCUGCUCAUGUCCUGCACGAACACAUGCACCUGCUUCACAUCUCUGUUAUGUGUGUUCCGCUGCUGACUAGCACAGCACUGUUCCGGGGCAUAAACAUCAGCAGGCUCUACUGA